AGGGAGGAGGAGAGAAGCUGUGUGAGCUGGUGAUGGUGCAGAUUGCCCUGUGUGGACGCCCGUGGCGUGAAGCCCUGGGGGACUUGGCAGUGCCUGGAGGGUGGGGACAAGGCCACAGGCCCACCAUCAUCACCAUGCUGGGGAUCCUCGUGGUGCUCUGCCUCAUCCCUGCUGCAGAUGUAACAGAAAACAAGAUUCUAGUGGCUCAGAGUCCUUUGCUCAUUGUAGCCAAUAGGACGGCAACUCUAGUCUGCAACUACACAUACAACGGAACAGGGAAAGAAUUUCGAGCCUCGCUGCACAAAGGAACAGACAGUUCAGUUGAAGUCUGCUUUAUUUCAUGGAACAUGACCAAAAGUAACAGUAAUUCAAAUAAAGAAUUCAACUGUUGGGGAAAUCAUGAUAAGGACAAAGUAAUCUUCAAUCUUCGGAAUAUGACUGCCAGCCAAACUGACAUCUACUUCUGCAAAAUUGAGGCCAUGUAUCCGCCUCCAUAUGUCUAUAAUGAGAAGAGCAACGGGACUGUCAUUCAUGUGAGAGAGACACCCAUCCAGACACAAGAACCCGAGUCCGCAACUUCAUACUGGGUUAUGGUGGCAGUGACAGGACUUCUUGGUUUCUACAGUAUGCUUAUAACUGCAGUCUUUAUAAUCUACCGGCAAAAAUCCAAGAGGAACAGGUACCGUCAGAGCGACUACAUGAAUAUGACCCCCCGGCAUCCACCUCACCAAAAGAACAAGGGCUACCCAUCCUAUGCACCAACACGAGACUACACUGCGUAUCGCUCCUGGCAGCCAUGAUACCCACCAGCAUAACAGCACUAUCCUCAUGUGCUUCUAGGCAGUCACCUGCUCUUGGAAUGGAAGGACAGCCUGUCAUUUCCUCAUCGUGUUUGUUACAAUUGACCAUGGAUACCUACACCACAGCAAGUACUGGCUAAACUUCACUAUUCAAAGAUAAAAGAUAAACAUAAAAAGGGGGGGAAAAGACAAAAAAGGAUUGUUUUCCAUGAUGGCUGAAAACGUGGUGUAACUUGUUUUGAGGUUUGUCAGUGGGUAAGAAAGAAGGAUGGCACUGGACCUCAGAGCAGAUCUCCUCCUAACGUGUGUGGGUUUUUUUGAGCUGCUUGAGGAAUCUGAACCAGAACCACAACUUCUGACCUUUCCCAACAACCACUGCCUUAGCCUUAGCCUGUUAUUUCUUUUCCUGCAUGUUUAAUCCUCCAAAAACAUUGUUGCUGUGAAAUAAGAAAAAAUGAAAAAAAUACCUACACAAAACGCUUCCCUCUGAGCCCAGAGCAGAGUUUGAGAUUUGAGACAAAUAUUCAAAAGAAUUGGAAAAGUCAGUCAGAACGUAGCCGAGCAAUUAGGCUAUAGCACAAGUGGGCUGUCAGGGCAAAGCAAGAUUGAAAGAAAGCUACUUAAGCAUUCAGCAUGUAAGUCCUUAGAUUGUUCACUUUCGGUUUGUAAAGAGCAUUUGAAGUCAUAACUGAGCUACUCUACAGAGUGAGAAACCAAUCCACCUGAAGAAGAAAUCAAGACAAGUUGGACUGUGAGAAAGAUUUGCCGUGACCACAAAAAACCCCAGUUCCUAUGCUUGCCUACAGCAAGAUGAUUGAAGUCAUAUGGUGAGCAUUAGAUGACACCAAUGUCAUAUUUGGAGCAGAGCUUUACCUCAUUUAUGAAUUUUUGUUUCUAUCAAUAAGGCACUUGAGUCCUCCUGAAUAUUCAUCCAUUUCUUCUGGCACCUAUGUUGUACCAGAGCUCCUUUGAGAAUCAGAGUUCAGUUAUGAGCAGCUGAAGACCACCUGAACCUUUUUUCCCACAAGCAAGCAGUGUUUUCGGUGUGAGAGUGUCCUCAGGUCCUACCACUGUGACCAGCGCCCACGUCUGCUCAUUUGCUUGCCGGGACUGCUCUAGGCACUUUGAACUUCGUGCUCACUGAAGGUUAUUUUUUAUCUAAAUAUGUUCUUCAGGGAUUCUCCCUACUGGAGUAGGGUAAAGUCUUCAACAAAGGCCUGUAUCAUUCCAUUAAUUAAGCAUGUUUACAUUAACAAGGCAUCCUAAACUGUAACUGGGGUUGUUUUAGCACAAGAUUCUUUUUCAUACAGAGAAGAUGAGAUGUAUUUUAUAGGGAUUACUGAAUAAACAAUUAAAUGAAAAAUA